GCAAGGGAAGCUGUGGAAAGAUGCUUAUCUUCCCAAGGAUUGUGUGUUCCAAUCCCUUUACUCAUGCCUGUCAGAAUCUUCUAAGACAGCCUUGGAUUUGCUUGCGUUGCAGGUACAUGACCGAAGUGAAUCCGAGCUUUAUUUGUGCUUUUAGACCAGCAUAAUAGGGUACAUGAAGAAGAGAAGGAUCUGCUGGGACUGCCUUACGAGAAUCGCCUCGAGCUUCUGCAUCGACGUAGAGGGGCAAUGGGCGGCUUCAACCUCGAUAAGCUCCUCCUGUUUCUUCUGUGCGUCGUGUUACUAGCUUCCGAGGGAGAGAUGGUCUGCGGCCUGCGAAGCGUCGACCAUGUUCUCAGGUAUGGUGAAGAAGGUGGACUGGCGGAGAAGAACCGACGCAUCCUUGCCAAUGUCGACGCCGGCAAGAAAUCAGCAGCCAAGUCUUCAUCAUUUGAUUCCAACAGCACCAGCAAACGAAGGGUUCGAAGAGGGUCGGAUCCCAUCCACAACCGGUGCUGAAGCUGCACCUCCUCGGGUAGCCAAGUGGGAGGCUUUGCGGGACGUCAAGAGAGUGAAAGAUUUCAUUUCAUUUCCUUUGGAGUUUCUUUAUGUUUCUUUUUAUGAUUUGGUUUGGAUAGGUUUCUCUCUUGUUUAAUGCUUUAAAGAUUUAGUCACAGAGAUAUAUUUGUACA